UAUAAUGAAAUAUACAAUAUACAGGUCUCUUAUACACAGCGAUAUUUAAAUAGGUAUGUACGGUAGUUAUCAUAGCUUAUGAAGCGUUUAUUUGUGGUUCUUAUCAUUUUUGUGUUUCAAUAAAAAUUAAAACCAUGGCAACAAUUAUUAAGCAACGUAUUUAUACAAUUAUUUGUUUUAUCAAUAACACUGUAAAUUAUCUCAGUAACUUAUUAUUCUUUUAAGUGUAUUUUUGUAAAAUAAUAUUGGAUUAACAUGGAUUACAUUGAUUUAAAAAAAUUAAGUGAAAUGCUGGAACCACCAACUGCAAAUUCUUCGGAUAGCGAAGAUGAUCUUCCAAAAUCAUCUUUAGUGCAACUGUGUAGGUCAAAAACAGGAAAAGACACAACAAUCUUGACAACUGAAUCUAUAAAAAAAACUGAAGAAAAAAAUCAAAAAAAAAUCGAGGUAAUACAGUCGGACGAAGAGAGAGCUAAGAACAUAUGGCAAGAUGAAGAGAUCGUAGCUGCUCCAGAAGCUAUUGACGUUGUAUCAGACACUAGAAUUAGACCUGAAUAUGAUGUAAAGUAUCAACAAUUCGUGGGAACAGAAGAUGCGUUUCUACAAGUAAAUUAAAUUAAAUACCUAUAUGUUUUGUAACUUAGCGGUUUCAGCGUUUUUACUCUAAGUUCUCAGUGACUAUUAAUUAUUAUUAAUCAUUUUUAAAGGUCAGGAUGAGGCCUAUUGUUUCUAAUAUUUAUUUAUGGAUGUUCGGGAUAUCAUGACCAUUGUUUAACCAACAUCUG